AUGCUUAUAUAUGUAAACAAUUUUAUGGAUAAAAUGAGUGAAAGUAUAUUCUCAGAUGGGAGCCUGAAUGACAGGGGAAAAUAUGAGCCCAAAUCAGAGCUCAUAAUCCCAGAUUUCAUUGAAAUAGAGUGCACAAAGACGAAAAUGUAUAAACUAAUCGCAGAAGGUUACUGUUAUAAGUCUCCAGACUACACAUUAUCAUGGAAGGUUAGCCCGUGUAAAGUGGACUUGACAAUAAGGAACGCACUGUUUGAAAGACAAGAGAACAGAACAGGAAGACAAAUAAAACACGAAGCAACGUUACACACGUUAAGUUAUGUUCCAAACGGACGUGGAAUCAAAAGUAAACUGGGACAACUACAGGAAAAUAAUUAUAUACCAAUUCCAGAGGAAGAAUAUGAAGAGAUUGAUGGUAAUUAUGGGUACAAACCACCAGAAAUAUACGAUAUCAGCGGAGGAUCAGAUUCAACGAAAAGUUACGUGGACCUGGAAUCAGUGAACAAUAUGGACGAUUUUAGAGAAUAUGUACAAUGUAACAUGGUUUAA